UUUCCCAACCCCUGAUGGAAAAACCAGGAAGAAAAGAGAGAGGACCAAACAACAGCCCUCUGUUGGAAUGUGCCGCCGCUCGCCGCUCGGAGGAAGAGUAUGAAGUUAUGGCUUUAAUAUGGCUGACAAAGGUCCCUUUUUAACUUCGUGUAUCAUCUUCUACCUCUCGAUCGGGGCUGCGAUUUUUCAGAUUCUCGAGGAGCCAAACUGGAAAGCGGCUAGAGACAAAUAUAUCCAACAGAAGGAAGACAUUCUGAGGAGUAACCACGUCACAAAGGAAACCCUAGAUGAGAUCUUGAAGAUUGCGUCUGAGGCUGCAGGCCAAGGUGUGGCUAUCACUGGAGACAAUCACCGCAACACAUGGGACUGGGGCAAUUCUGUCAUCUUUGCUGCCACCAUCGUGACCACUAUAGGUUAUGGUAAUGUUGCUCCCAAGACAAAAGGUGGGCGUGUGUUCUGCAUCCUGUAUGGCUUGUGUGGGAUCCCUGUGUGUCUGGUCUGGAUAAGUACGCUGGGGUCCUUCUUUGGAGACCGAGCUAAACGACUGUCAGGGAUUCUUAUACAAAAGGGCGUUUCAGUGAAAAAAGUCCAGUUCACAUGUACGGCCUUAUUCCUUCUAUGGGGUUUGCUGGUGCACUUGGUGAUCCCUCCCUUUGUUUUCAUGUCUGUGGAAGGAUGGAGCUACCUGGAAGGGAUCUACUUCUCCUUCAUCACCCUCACAACAGUUGGCUUUGGAGAUUACGUGGCAGGUGUAAAUCCUGAUAUCCAAUACCCAAAACUCUACAGGGUAUUGGCAGAGUUAUGGAUUUACAUGGGACUGGCCUGGCUUUCUCUGUUCUUCAGCUGGAACGUCCACAUGGUUGUAGAAGCUCACAAAGUGCUAAAGAAGAAACGGCACCACAAGCACAGACGCAGACCCCUGUAUAACCUGGAACCAGACUCUGAAGAGGAGAAGCAAAAACAAGACAUGAAGCCGACUGUUGUUGACAUCUUCAACUUCCUUUCUGAGAAGGACGAAGACUACAGCACGGUCAUCAAAGAGAUUGGAAUUAAUGCAAGAAGAAGAAGACCACCAGAAAUCGUCAACAUUAACCGCUCCAAGAGCUGCAGUGACAUCUUGGCCAGCUACAUUCAGACCUUGGAACAUUCACCGCGGCACACGCAGCACAUCAGUUUAAGUGACGUGUUUGCAAAUGCAAAGGUGGAUGAAAGCGAACAAGAGGAAGACAAUGUUCUCAAGCAGGAAAACAUCAAAGAACCCACAUUAGAAGCAUGUGAAAAAACAGGCCACAAGGAGGACAAAAAUGAGGGUUCCUCUGAACCAGUAAAUGAUGGGAUCAUCUUCCCGGCACCUGACAGAGAGGCUGCAGAAGAAGAGAAAGUGCAGCAUCCUGGUGAUGGGGGGGCUCAAUUUACAAUAUCUAAGGUAGCAGAAAAUGAUUUGACAUCAGAUUUAGAUGAAAAGGGAUGAACGAUACUUGCUCCUUGGCUAAAGCACAAACAGAGAAGAUGUUUUCUGUUGUAUUUGUCUGCAUGGUCAAAAAGCCCAAGCAAAAACUCUAACACUAAUUUCAUGAGACUUUCAAGGGGAUGUUAAGCAAAUCAUCUUCAAACUUUAGAGUUGAUUUUAAUUAUAUUGCUAUUUGUUAUAGCAAGUAAUAUGUGCAUUGUUUGUUUAUUCUGGUAGAUAUCAAGACAAUAAACGACUAUAAAAAUCUAAA